GUACUGUACACACACACACCACACACACGGGGUAAGACGGACGUACCACACCAAUUACUCCAGUAUGUCUUCACUCACACAAAGGACCUGGAACAACCACCUCGGAUAACAUUUAGUUGUGAUCUUGGAUACAACACUGUGCUCGUUUACGCUGACAUUUUUUUUAAAGCUGAUUGGAUUUUCACCUGUAAUAUUUAGUAAUGGCGAGCUAGAUUUUACCUGUAGGAAUCUGUAAUGGCGAGCUAGAUGACAUGGCGUCCAGGUAACACUGUGAUAGCCGUGUGGGAAUUUAUACCUCGCCAGACCAAACGGACAACUGGGUGAUAUUCUUCUCCAUACGGCAGACGAAAUGGCCAUUCUAAAGACUUUUCUAUGUUUCUCAAAUACUCGAGUUGGUACUCUGAUUUGUGGAUGUUACAGUUUGGUGAUAUCCCUGAUCUGUCUGGUGUUUUACCUGUUCCGGUACGUGGGGUACCAACUCAUACAAGAUUCUCCAGAAUACAAGGGCAUUGUUUAUGCUGGGUUUGUGCUGUAUGGCCUCAUGAUAACAGCGUCCCUCGUCCUCAUCCCGGGGGUACAGCUUGACAAACGAUACCUGCUAUUACCGUGGGUUUACGUACUGGUGUUGAAUGUUUUAUACGAAACUGGUGCAAUAGCUUUACUUACCACAGUUCACAUGGAGCGAGAAAAAACUUUACAAGCCUGGGAGAUAGUCUGGGUGUUUUUCUACUGUUUUAAAUUAAUAGCCAACUGUUACUGUUUCGCUUGUGUUGUGUCUCAGUACCAGGAACUGGCGGAAGGCCGAGGCACGUACGAAUAUUUAUAUAAACCUCGAACAAGACGUCACAACCGACGCUGCCGCGCGCGGGAAUACAAUAUAGACACAUUCGAACUCCCCUUUGGCGUUCAUCUGCCACCUUAUGAGGAGGACGAUUCACAAAAGAAUCUCAGCCCACCAGCUUAUGAACAUAUAUUCCCUGUGCCCCCUAAGGUGGAAAAUAGACCAACAGAAAAUUAUAUAAAUAGUGGUGUGUCACCAUAUUCACGGACCAGUGACGUCACAAAUGGCGUCCUUAGUAACAUGAGUGAUCCUAGCAGACGGUCGAACUGUUACCAAGUUACAGUGGACGUUGUGUGGAUUUGAUAAUGUGCAAUGAUGUGUGCUAUUUAUUAUAAAACAUUGAUGUAACAGAAAUGCAAUUGACAUUCUAAGAUUCCAGCUUUUUGUCAGAUUCAGAAAGUAUCUGUCUGUGUCCAAAAUCUGCCAGGAUAAUCUGGAUUGGAGGGACACCAUUUCUUUCCUACUACUUUCUCUCGAGACUUUUUCUACUUCCAGUGUCAUAUUUCUUAGACUGAUUGAUUUCUGAACAUGUAAUUAAGGAACCCAACAAAUGUGUGCUGUACCGGUGUCACGUGGUGUAUAAAACUGUUACAUGAUUCGCUCUGGCUCUGACAAAACAAGUGCUCUGUUCUCGAUCUAUAUAUCCUCUCUAAAUAUUUGGAAUAAGUCUUGACAAAAUCGAAGACAAGGAAUUGCAUUUAUGCAUGAAUCGCUGGCAGCAAAUAUGUUAAACCGUUUCACAGCUAACUACAUGGUCUAAUAACAUUCAAUGGACAAAUAUCGGCAUACUGAAUUGCCUGUUUUCAUCUCUAAAACAGAUGAAUCAGUGUGAACUCCUCAAAAGGUCAUAAGUGUCCUGUUUUCUGGGUCAGUUGGACAUGUUUUUUGGGCCAGAAGCCUCUGGUUUUCUGGGUCAGAAGGACAUGUUUUCUGGGUCAGGAGGACAUGUUUUCUAGGUCAUAAGUGUCCUGUUUUCUUGGUCAGUUGGACAUGUUUUUUGGGCCAGAAGCCUCUGGUUUUCUGGGUCAGAAGGACAUGUUUUCUGGGUCAGGAGGACAUGUUUUUUAGGUCAUAAGUGUCCUGUUUUCUGAGUCAGUUGGACAUGUUUUUUGGGCCAGAAGCCUCUGGUUUUCUGGGUCAGAAGGACAUGUUUUCUGGGUCAGGAGGACAUGUUUUCUAGGUCAUAAGUGUCCUGUUUUCUGGGUCAGUUGGACAUGUUUUUUGGGCCAGAAGCCUCUGGUUUUCUGGGUCAGAAGGACAUGUUUUCUGGGUCAGGAGGACAUGUUUUCUAGGUCAUAAGUGUCCUGUUUUCUGGGUCAGUUGGACAUGUUUUUUGGGCCAGAAGCCUCUAGUUUUCUGGGUCAGAAGGACAUGUUUUCUGGGUCAGGAGGACAUGUUUUCUAGGUCAUAAGUGUCCUGUUUUCUGGGUCAGUUGGACAUGUUUUCUGGGCCAGAAGCUUCUGGUUUUCUGGGUCAGAAGGACAUGUUUUCUAGGUCAGAAGUGACCUGUUUUCUGGAUCAGAAGCUACUGGUUUUCUGGGUCAGGAGGACAUGUUUUCUAGGUCAUAAGUGACCUGUUUCCUGGUUCAGAAGCUACUGGUUUUCUGGUUUCAGAAGGACAUGUUUUUUUGGUCAGAAGGAAGAGACCUGUUUUCUGGGUCAGAAGCUACUGGUCUUCUGGGUCAGAAGGACAAGAAGUGACACCAGUAUCGAGAACAGAAACCUUGUAUGUCAUUUGUUUCCAUCUAAUCAACGAUGAGUGAUGAUGUGUUUUGUUGUGGUGUCGUGGAUUAGACUUUGUCAACAUAUGUUCUAGUUUAACUUAAUCCUCGACAUGUUAAUUAUCUUAUACUACAUUUGGGAAUUGGAAGGGGAUUCCACCGGACUCUUGGAACCCUAUGGAUCCACCAAAGUGUAUUCCGGUGAAUAUUAUUUAUCAGGUACCAUUGUCUACAAGAAGAUUUCUACCUCGAUUAAUGACCUUGACAACAUCAGAGAGUGAAGACCAAUGCAUUGGUACUGAGAUUAAAACAAAACUACAAACAUAUUUUGUUACGCAGUGCGAUUAUCUGCCGUGUCGAUUUGUAACACACAUUGUAAUUGUGACACAAUGGUACCAGGGUCCAGUUUGUGUUGUAUGUAAUACAGGGGCCACAUUUGUGUUUUAUGGUGACAAGGGGUUCAACCUGUGUUCUUUAUGGUAUAAUCGCAUGUUAAAAUUGUGUUUGUAUUAUUUUAAUACCCCCGAAAUCGUUCAGAAAAUAUUGAAUGUUUCAGACCCCCGUGUUCAGACACAAGAUAAUAAGUAGUAGUGUUUAAAUGCCAAAAGAAAGACUGCAUGGGGACACAUGUAGAAGAUAUGUUUAAUGUGCGACUGACUGUUAAUCAAAUGUGUGAAUAUACGGAUAGAAUGUUGAUAAUGAAUGGUAAACAAUGCAGGAUAUGGAUAAAAGAUGAGAGAUACGGAUAGAAAAUGGAUAAUGGAUGAUAAACUACACGAUAUGGAUAAAAGAUGAGAGAUACGGAUAGAAAAUGGAUAAUGGAUGGUAAACUGUUCAGGAUGUGGAUAAAGGAUGAGAGAUACGGAUAGAAUAUGGAUGGUGGAUGGUAAACUGUUCAGGAUGUCGACAAAGGAUAAUAAAAUACAGUCCAAAACAGUCAUCUUGUGUAGUACUCCUCGUGUUUGUUUCACGAUUUGGCGUCACAUCCGAGGAGUUGCGAAUGGUGACGAAUUGUGAUCACUGACGUAAUCGUUGACAUGUGAGUGCGUCUGAUCAACUUUGACGUAUCAGUCUGGUGAACUGUGGUGUGAUUUGAGAGAUAUGACGUAAUUGCGGGUGUAUGAGUGUGAUUCGUGAGCUCUGAAUGUUACGUACGAUGCGUUGAUGGUAUUUCAGCUAUUCAAUACAUGCCAUUUUGAAUUUUUAUCCAUUUGAAGUCAUUGUGAUAUGUCAUUUAUUAAAUUUGUUUUUGAUAUAGA